GAGCUGGCCGCCAGCUCUCGGGGGGUGGGGACGGGGUGUGUCCUGGGGAACCCGCUGCCGAGAGAGCAGCUAGCGCAGCUCGCGACGAGCCAUUGAGGACCAGGGUCACGCCGAGAGGCCGGAGGGGGCUCCAGGCAGCCUGGAGCUGACGGCGCCGGGCUGCGUCCUCUUCACCUGAGGGUGGGGGGUGGGGGCACGUACUUUGUGACCAGGAUGGUGCCGAGCCCCCUCUACGGCGGGAGCUUGCAGGGGUGCGGGGGUGUGAAUGGCGCUCCGCGGACUCAUGUCCACAGUACAGAGGACAUGUAGGGUUCGGCCGGGGGGCGGCUGCACCGGGGCCUGCCUCGCGGACCUGGACUCGGGACUCCGGGCGGCCCUGCCUGGUGCCAUUGCCUCAGCCAAGUCUCCCACCUCUCUGCUCGGUUUCCCGCCCCACCUUUCCCCUACUCCCGCAUCCCUGUCCCCUCGCUUCCCUCCGCGAUGUCUCCAUCCGAGUAAGAAACGAAGCUGAACGCAUUGGUAACUGUGCUCAAGAAGAUGCAAUCGCGGGAGCCCUCAGGGUGGCGCACGGCGGAGAGGCGACGCGGGUGGCGCUGCAGAGGCGUCCCCACCCCCUCCGGGGACCGGGGCCCCGGAGCUGCCAGGCCCGCUGCACGCGGCGGCGCGGGAGAAACCACGGGACAGCAGCGCCCCCUGCAGGUGCCGGGCGCCUCCGCAGCCGCUGCGCGGACCCGACUCUUAAGGUGGCACCACCGGGUUCCCAGCCCGCGCGCAACCCGCAGCCCUGGCUCCAUCCGCCGCACUUCUCCCUGUAGCAGCGGGCCUGACCGUCCGGAACGGCCGGAGUGUGCUGAUGCCUGCUGCUAUCUGCUUGAUCCCUUCACCCUACCUCUCAUCCAGGACUUCUUCCGCGGAUGCGCAGCUAGCGAUUUCGACAGGCGAGAUUGAAAAUUCCGGGCGAAUAUAUGAGGUUGAGUAAGUCCCGCUUCAGGGAGGAACGACCAGAAUGACAUUUCUUUAAGCCUAAAUCAAACUUUUAUUUUCGUUUAUAAAAAGCAGAAGGCCAGCAGGAAAGGGUCGCGGAGGACUGGCACGUCCACAACCGUAGGACUCUUGGAUCCAAGUUUUUAGGGUGAGACUGGGCGGUCCGGGGUUCUCCUUCGGCGCUCACACCCCGCAAACUCGUGGGCAGUGCAGUGCUAGAGGCCGGGGGCAGUGGCGGACCCGCAGGGUAACCUUGUCUCGCGCACCUCCCGAGCCCCCAGCAGCAGCCCACCCUCGUCCGAAUGCUUUGUUUAUUUGGUGAUACCAGGGAACGUGGAGAAGAUCGAAGUUCAGUUUUUCUUUUUUCUUUAUUUUAAAUAUUUUUCUUAACUAAAUGGUAUGUUUAUGUGAACCCAUCAUCUCUUGGAAUUAAGUGUCCUCAGCGAACUCCAGAUUCCUAGGGGAAACCUACGUGCCCAGAGCAGGAAACGCACAAGUCAAUUCAGGUUCCGGUGCCAUCCGCAGUAAAUUCCCUUCCUUUUGCUCCAAAUUCCUCCUCUGCGUCCAGGAGAGGGACCCCCGGGACUCCCGCACACCCAGGACCGGGAGCGGCAGAGCAGAGGGCGGGUGCGAGGGCGCGAGGGAAGGGAGGCGGCCUGCGGACCUGGGGCGCGCAGUUUCCCGGCUCCGUGGGAACCUCCAACCCCAGGGCGCGCGGCCUAGGCUCCGCCCUGCCAGGCCUGGGGCCGAGCGGCCCACCUAGUGGGUCCUGACCUGGGGAAGCCGAGUCCGCGCGCGGGUCGGGCCGCGACGAGGGAAGCUCGCCUGGGCAAGUGCCGCGCGGGGUCAGACCCACCCCAGGGGUUGCAAACCGCAAGCGAAAGUCGAGAGGGGCUGGAGCUUUUCCUCUGAUCCGUUUUACACUGUGAAAACCGCAGGCCUGUCGCCUAGGCGGCCACUUUUAAAUUGGGAAGCAAAUAGACGAAAAACCAAAACAAACGUACGAGCUGACUUUUCCCAGCUAAGUUUCCCCUCAAUAAAAAGCCCGCUUUCUGGGAAAGAGAGAAACUGA